UUUAUCAAGUUCAUAAAAACGGGGCGGCCUUGACAAUGGGCUCCUUAAGAUAGAGAAAUUAAAAGUCAGAUUACAGGUAAUUCCCAAUAGUUUACUUCUCAGCUGCUUCUCCGGAAUUUGACUCCGUCCACGUUGAAUGAGAAACAAUCUCAGAUGACCGCAUUAAGUCGUACGCGCCAUCUGACAGCCCCAAUGCAAAUGUCGAAUACUUUAAACUAAAUCUGCUCGACUCCUGGCAAUUGGAAAUUUGCUUGGCGAUUUCUCCUCCUUAGAAAGGCCUCUGUGAGAAAUUCUCAACGCAGAGUAUUUUGUUACAAGGGUUUCUUUAUAGGACGGAGGGUUUUGAAUUUUAUUUGAACGCGAAAUGGAGACAAUACCCACAUGGCAGGCCAUGAGUUUAGCGGGCAUUUUAGUGUGGAUCUUGUUUUCUAGAUUGACAAAUUUGACAGUUCGCGUCAGAUCUUUAACGCAGCCUGCCGUUGCUAGCUGUGUUCAAACGGGUGUUCGCUGGGUUCUCUUUGUGCAGAGACUGGAACACCCAUACUUGGAUACAUUUUUUGCUUAUCUUUCAAUUAUUGUUUCUGUGACAUUCUACACAUGCUUCCUUCCUUUGGUAUUCUGGAGCGGCCACUGCAAAUUAGGAAGACAGAUGACCCUUCUCAUGGCAUUCUGUAAUUACACAGGGAACUGUGUCAAGGAUAUAGUCUCAGCUCCAAGGCCUCCAUCUCCACCUGUGAGGAGAUUGACAACUACCGAGCAUGAAAAGGAAAUUUCAUUCGAAUAUGGGUUGCCUUCAUCACACACUCUUAAUACGAUUGGCCUAGCUGGGUACUUGCUUUAUUAUGUUAUCAAUUAUAACUAUAUAGAUGGAUAUGCCCCUAAGCUGGUUGCCAUUUCUUUAUUUCUGAUCUUGGUAUUCCUAAUUGGGCUUGGAAGAAUUUAUCUUGGAAUGCACUCUCCAAUAGAUGUUGGUUGUGGAGCUGUUCUUGGCACAGCAAUUCUUAUAUUCUGGCUGAGUGUCCACGAAAGUAUUGAUACUUUUGUUACCUCAGGCAAAAAUGUUACGUCCUUUUGGGCUAGCCUUGCAUUUGUACUGCUUUUUGCAUAUCCAACACCUGAGCUACCGACACCAAGUUUUGAAUUCCAUGUUGCCUUCAAUGGUGUUGCUUUAGGAGUGGUAACUGGUAUCUACCGCACUUUUGAUGAGUUCCAUCAUGAGGAUGUUCCAAGGCUUUUUGGCCCAGAUCUUGGAGCAAUGAUAUUAGUUAGACGAGUGUUUGUUGGCCUUCCAAUAAUUAUAGCAGUCAAACUCAUUAGCAAGGAAUUGUCAAAAUGGUUCCUUCCACUGAUAUGCAAUGCCAUGGGACUGCCAAUAAAAUCCUCAUCUUAUAUCCAACCUGUAAAAGGGACCAUUUCUUCUACAAAAAAUAUUAAAAACUUUGGCCAGUUGUCAUCAUGCAGCAGACAAUCAGGUUACUUGCAGAAGAUUUUUCUCUCGUCUCCUGAUGAGUUUUAUAAUGUCGAUACAGGCAUCAGAUUGUUCCAGUAUGCAGGUUUAGCCUGGGCAGUUGUUGAAUUAGUUCCCCUUGUAUUUACCGUGUUGAGAUUGUAAAUUAAAACUAGUUUUGUAACAAUAGUGAUUCUUUUGUUUGAAAGUUGAAUGAAUAUUACAUUUUUGUAUUUUCUA